AUGAAGAUUGCCAUCAUUGGCGCCGGCAUCUCAGGAUGCACCGCAUACCUCCUGCUCAAGAAACACCUCCCCAAAGCCCUCGAUGCUGAGGACCACUCCAUCACCAUCUAUGAGGCAUAUGACACGAACAAGGACACCACUUACGUUGAGCGUGGACAGGGGCCAACUCACUCCUCCACGCUCAUCGUCGGUGGCGGGCUGGGCGUGGGGCCCAAUGGACUCAACGUCAUCAAGCGUCUUGACGAGGACCUCCUACGUGACAUUGUCAGGGGCGGGUAUGUUGUCUCGACCAUGAUCAUGAAGAGCAAGAAUGGCACCGUGCUAGUCAGGACCCAGCCGGCAGGCGACCCAGAAUCCGACAAGGUCGCGGAUCGAAACAUGCACAUGGUCUCCAGCAGCCGCCACUCACUCUGGAAAUGCCUACGCGAGCGCAUCCCAGAUGAUGCCAUUGUCACCAAGCGAGUCUCCGCCGUCGUCGCCAACCCAAGCGGGCCAAACACCGUAAGCUUUGUGGACGGGAGCCCGUCCGUCGAGGUGGACCUCGUCAUUGGCGCCGACGGCUUGAAGAGCUCGGCAAAGCGCGCCUUGUUCCCCGAGGUUAAGGAAGACCCGUUCCCGCCUCAUUACGAGGGUCUCGCCGGCGUGGGGGGCUUCAUUCCGGCCGCAGAGGUUCGAGAACACGUCGAAAAGGGGUCCAUGAACUUUGUGUUUGGGGGCAACGGGUUCUUUGGGUACUUCUUCUCGGAAAGCACAGAGGAUUCGCCCCAUCGUGACUCGCCGUACCACAUCUCGGAGCCAAGCGACAGGCUCGCCUGGUGGUCUACUUACACAGUCGCAGAGCCCCCCACGCCGGGCAACCUGGAUAGAGCCGCCGUUACGGCGCAGCUACGGGAACGUCACCAGAGCUGGAAGGAUCCUGUCAUCCAAAAGAUUCUGCAAUCACUCACGGUGGAGAACAUGUAUCCCACGUGGACCAUCCCGCCGCUGCCGACCUGGGAGCGAGAUGGCGUCGUGCUGGUCGGCGAUGCUGCCCAUGCCCUGCCGUCGACGUCGGGCCAGGGCUCCUCGCAGGCCCUCGAGGACGUGGAAGCCUUCACCCUGCUUCUGAGCCACCAUCUGCGCAAGGCGCACACCGCGGGCAAACCCGGCACGCUGGAGAAGAAAGAUGUGAUCAAAGCGGCGGCGAAGCAGUACAUGGAGCUGCGCCUGCCACGUGUUACGCAAAUCUUGCAGGACUCUAGACAAAUGCAAGAUUCGAAACGCGACAAGGGAUUCGUCGAGGAGUACAUGAUGUACAUUUUCAUGUGGAUGAUGGGAUGCUUCCCCGGAGUGAUGGCCAAAUUCAUGAACAAGGCCUUUUCUUACAACAUUGCAGACGACGUCAAAAGGGUGCUUGGUAAGGACGACUAA